GAUUCGCGUCGUUUGGUAAACGAAUUAAGAUGGCGGCGACCAUGGACAUGUGAAUCGUAUUCCGACAAAAAAGUCUAAUUUCAGAAAGCAUAUUAAGGUUGGGAAUUCGAAGCUUGUCUAUCAGUUUCACGUUGGAAAGUGAAACAAGUAUUUAAUGAUGAGUGGCAGUCAGAAAGGCAAGAGUUUUGCUCCUACAGUGCAGCAGCUGAAUGCAGAUUUCUUGACACAGCUUGGCAGCCGAUUCUGGGCUCCAAACAGCCCUACACCACACAUGCCCUAUGACCCGAAUGUGAUUGAAGAUGUCUACAAGAAAGAACUCCUGAAGAACAAGUUUGCUGUACGUCGUAUCAUGGUGCUUGAGUUCAGCCAAUACCUGGAAAACUACCUGUGGCCAAACUAUGACUCUGAAAAGUCCACCUCCAGUCAUCUGAUCUCUAUUGCUGUCAUGAUCAAUGAGAAAUUCAGAGAAGGAGUGUCAGCUUGGGAGGCAUGCAAGAAAAAACCUGAGCAGUUUCCAGCUUUCUUCCGUCAAGUUCUAGAGCUUACUUUGGGUUCGUUAAAGGAUCAGACAAUCUCACUGAGAGAACGGACAGUGCUUCUCAUCUUCCUCAUUCACUGCUUUAACAGUCUGGAAGUGGAUGUAAUACGAGAGCAAGUCCAGAGGCUUGUAUCCCUACCCAUGUGGGUGUGUCUCCUACCGGGAAGGCUUGAAGCUGAGCUGAAGGCCUACCCCAAAUACAAGAAGUUCUGGAAGAUCAUCAUGAAAAAUGAUGCCAAACUAGAUGAUGAGACGAAGAAGAGGAACGACUUUGAGCGGAGGUUUCUUGCUAACUUGAUCCAGCUUUUCUAUACGAUAUUGGACUCCAUCCAAGAGGAAGGUGAUGCUGCAAUGGACAAGGUCCAUUUCUGUGAGCGCUUUGUGGAGAUGAUGGUAGAUCUAGAGGCUCAGCUUCCAACGAGGAGGUUCUUCAAUGCUGUCAUGGAUGACGCCCAUGUAGUCGUUCGAUGUCGGCUGUCUGCACUAGCAAAGAGGAAGGAAGGCAAGCUGUUCAGUGAGCUAUUGGACAUGCUGACAUUCUAUGCUGGAUUUGAGAUCAAGGAUUCCACAGGAACAGCUCUUACAGACCAUGAGAUGACUGAUAUACACUAUGAUAGGAUAAGCUCUCUCCAGAGAGCUGCCUUCAAGCUCUUUCCAGAGCUGAAGAGAUUCGCAAUGUCAAAUGUUGCUAGUAUUGAUACAAGGAAGACACUCACCAAGCACUUUACACAACUAAGUGCAUCAGACCUGCAUCAUUUCGCUGCCUUCUUGCAUCUGCUGCCCCCACUUGGUGAUGAUGAGGAAACCACAGUAGAGAAGACAUUCCUUUUAGAUCUCAUGGUUUCCCAUCACGAGAGAAGGAUCUCUCAAAUCCAAUCAUUGAAUGAGACACCUCUCUACCCGACAGAAGAGAUUCUUUGGGAUGAGAAUGUGGUUCCUACUGAGUACUACUCUGGGGAAGGUUGCCUUGCCCUUCCGAAGCUGAAUCUUCAGAUGCUCACUCUCCAUGACUACCUGCUAAGAAACUUUCAUCUCUUCAGACUAGAAUCCACAUAUGAGAUUCGACAAGAUGUAGAGGAUGCAGUGCUGAGAAUGAAGCCCUGGAAGGCUGAAGAUGGUAGCUGCUUCUUUGGAGGAUGGGCACGUAUGGCACAGGCAAUUACAUCGUUCUCGGUAGUUGAGGUUUCUAAACCCAACAUUGGUGAGAACCACCCAGGCAGCGUGAGAGCUGAUAUCACCUUGACCCUAAACCUCCGUCAACAUAUCAAGUCAGAGUGGGAAUCACUGAGGAAGCAUGAUGUAGCCUUCCUUGUCACGGUCCGACCAACCAAGAGGAUUGGUAGCACCUUCAACAACAACAAGAACAAGAACAACAAGAACAAGGAGGACUUCAUUGACCAGGUUGGAAUCGCCUACGUCCGAGGGUGUGAGGUAGAGGGGCUUUUGAAUGAAAAGGGAGAAGUGAUUGAAGAAGGUCCAGAACCCAAGCCAGAUUUUACAGGUAUCACCAGGACAUACAGAGUAUGGCUGGACUCUAACCAGUACCAGAAGGACAUGGCUAAGACAGCGUCUUCUGGGACAGAGGAUGUCUAUGAGAGCUUCAAUAUCAUGAUGAGAAGGAAACCAAAGGAAAAUAACUUCAAAGCUGUACUGGAGACAAUCCGUGACCUGAUGAACACUGACUGUGUAGUACCUGACUGGCUACAUGACAUCCUACUGGGGUAUGGAGACCCAGGAGCAGCUCACUACUCAAAGAUGACCAAGCAGAUUGCAACUUUGGACUGGAAUGACACCUUCCUGAACGCUGACCAUCUCAGGGCUAGCUUCCCAGACCAUUCGGUCAAGUUGAUGACAAAUGACCCAGCUAAACUAGUGCCUCCUUUUAGGAUAACAUUUCCAGAUGCUGAGAAAGGAGGUUCUUCAGGGAAGAAACGCAAGAAUGAGGACACCUCUCAGACGAAAGCCAAGAAAGAAAUCAUUGUGGAACCCCACAUCAUCCCUAACCGAGGCCCUUAUCCAUACAACCAACCUAAGAAGAAUGCAAUCCAGUUUACCCCAACACAAGUAGAAGCCGUCAGAGCUGGCAUGCAACCAGGCCUUACAAUGGUUGUUGGACCUCCUGGAACUGGUAAGACAGACGUAGCUGUUCAGAUCAUCUCCAAUAUCUAUCAUAACUUCCCUGAGCAGAGGACCCUCAUCGUCACACAUUCCAACCAGGCUCUGAACCAGUUGUUUGAGAAGAUCAUCGCAUUGGAUAUCGAUGAGAGGCAUCUGUUGAGGUUGGGUCAUGGUGAGGAGGCACUGGAGACAGAAAAAGAUUUCAGCAGGUACGGUCGUGUGAACUAUGUGCUUGGUCGUCGCCUGGAGCUGCUCAAGGAGGUGGAGAGGUUACAGGAGAGUCUUGGAGUUCCUGGUGAUGUGUCAUACACCUGUGAGACAGCCGGUCACUUCUAUCUCUAUCAGGUGGUGGCACGUUGGGAGAAGUUCCUGAGUAAGGUGAAGCCUAAGGGUGGUAAGGAGGUUGCGGUUGAAGACAUUGUCACUCACUUCCCUUUCCAUAAAUUCUUUGAGAAUGCCCCCCAGCCAGUAUUCAAAGGGGAGACCUACGUUCAGGACAUGGACAUUGCAGAGGGCUGCUACCGCCACAUCAAGAAGAUCUUCCAACAGCUCGAGGAAUUCCGAGCAUUUGAGCUACUGCGAAGUGGGAAAGACCGGUCCAAGUACCUCCUGAUCAAGGAAGCCAAGAUCAUCGCCAUGACGUGUACGCAUGCUGCCCUCAAGAGACGAGACUUAGUCGAUCUUAGGUUCCAGUAUGAUAACAUCUUGAUGGAGGAAUCUGCUCAGAUUCUAGAGAUUGAAACCUUCAUCCCUCUGCUUCUUCAGAAUCCUGAGGAUGGUUUCAAUCGAUUGAAGCGAUGGAUCAUGAUCGGUGAUCACCAUCAGCUUCCACCUGUCAUCAAGAACAUGGCCUUUCAGAAGUUCUCCAAUAUGGAGCAAUCUCUCUUCACUCGGUUUGUCAGGUUAGGGGUGCCUACCGUAGAUCUGGAUGCUCAGGGGAGAGCUAAACCAAGCAUUGCCACACUGUACAACUGGAGGUAUCGUAACCUUGGCAACCUGCCUCACGUGAAGAGGAUGCCCGAGUUCCAGACCGUAAACCCUGGCUUGGCCUUUGACUAUCAGCUCAUCAAUGUCGAUAACUUCAAUGGAGUGGGGGAAUCUGAGCCCAAUCCUUACUUCUAUCAGAACCUGGCUGAAGCGGAGUACGUGGUGGCGCUCUUUAUGUACAUGAGGUUGCUAGGAUACCCAGCUGAGAAGAUCAGCAUCCUCACUACAUACAACGGUCAGAAGCAUCUAAUCCGUGAUGUCAUCAACAAACGAUGCUCGGACAACCCAAUAAUGGGUCAACCCCACAAGGUGACGACAGUGGAUCGUUUCCAGGGGCAACAGAAUGACUACAUCCUCCUAUCACUAGUCAGGACGAGGGCAGUUGGACACAUCAGGGACGUGAGGAGGCUUGUGGUCGCCAUGUCCAGAGCCAGACUUGGUCUCUAUGUCUUUGGCAGGGUUUCCCUCUUCCAGAACUGCUAUGAGCUAUCACCAACAUUCCGAAACCUGAUGUCAAGACCGAUUCAUCUUCAUCUAGUUCCAUCUGAGACAUACCCACCACAGAGAAAGAUCGGCCAGCCUCCACAUGGUGGUGCCAUGGUGAUAGAAGACAUGGCUCACAUGGCUGGGUUUGUCUAUGAGAUGUACAAUGACCGCAUGCAGAGGAUGCAUGCACAGAUAGGGCGCCAAAGAAGAAUAGAACGUCUAGCCAAACCUCCAGUGUCUCACAAACCCCCUGGGUCUCACAAACCCCCUGCAAAGAAAGUGGAAGAACCCAUGGAGACUGAACCUGUUGAAGAAGCCAAUAAGGAGGUGGCAGACGCAAAGGAGGAAGAGGUGGACCAUUCCAAGAUGCCAGAACAUCCGGGGGAGAGCAGUAGUGAAUCAGAGGGAGAAGAUGAUAAGGAGACGCAAGUAAUGCAGGGGCAGGCAGAGAAAACGAAGGGAAAUGAUGAUGAGGAUAAGGAGACACAAGACAUACAAGGGCAGGCUGUGGCAGAAACAACAGUGGAGAAGGCAAAAUCAGAUGAGACUGAAAAGAUGGAAGAAACUUAACAGCUUGUGAAACUCGAGACAUUCAGUGGGAUGCAGCAUGGAUAGACCACAAGAAGAACAAUAAAUAUCAACUUGUUGCUGGUUCAAGUCAUUAACAUGUACUGUAAAAAUUCAGUGAGGAUUUGUAAAAACAUUUGUGGUGCCUGAGGGGUUGCGUUUAAAUUUAGCCCCUCCCCCCCAUAUUUUUUGAGACAAUUUUUUAAAGCGUAAAAUCUUGAAAAUUGCUCAUUUUUCCCCAGAACAGAUAAAACAUUGGUUAUUUGGUCUUGUUCUGGGGGUCAUAAUAGUAAGAAAUGAAAUAACCUUGGUCUUAAGAAUUGUAGUGAAAACGAAUGUUGAAAUAUGAAGAAUGUAUGAUUUAUGGAUAAAUUGCAUAAAUAUGCUUCACGCUGCGAUCUUGGUUGAGGGCGGGGCCAAAUUAGCCCCCCCCCCUCCCCAGGGUUAAUAGCAUUUCUUUAUUGCAAUGUUACAAAAUUGUUGCUAGGGUAGAACAAACAUUAUGACUCUUCCUGCCUAACACGGCAUGUACGCAUUUUUGUAAUGUUAUCAAAAUAGCCCUACAAAAAGGAGUUAUUGGUCACAGAAAUUUGACAACAUGUAUUGCUCAUUAGCAUUAAUAAGAUUAGCCAGUUGUUAAAUCUCAGACUCCACUGAAUACCAAUCACUCUUAAAGGCUAAGUCCCCUCCAAAAAUAAUUCACUUUCGAUAGAUGCAUUGA